CACCUUGAGAUCUUCAAUUAUCCGCGCCCGGCGGCUCUUACCUCGUCGCGCAUGCCGUGGCAACCUGCACUUCCACACCCAACUCGCCACUCCACCCCGUCACCGCAAUGACACGCGACAAGUUUGCGCAACAGAGCCUAGGCGGCACGCUCCAUGGCCUGGUCAAGAAGUCACGCGUCCUCAUGGUAGGAGCUGGCGGCAUCGGCUGCGAGCUGCUCAAGAACCUUGUUCUUACCGGCUUUGGCGAAAUCCACAUUGUCGACCUGGACACCAUCGACCUCAGCAACCUCAACCGCCAGUUUCUGUUCCGCAACGAGCACAUCAAGAAGUCGAAGGCGCUGGUUGCCAAAGAGUCGGCGCACAAGUUCAAUCCCAACGUCACGAUCGAAGCCUACCACGACAAUAUCAAGGACCCGCAGUUCAAUGUCGCAUGGUUCCAGAAUUUCAAUAUCGUCUUCAACGCUCUCGACAAUAUCGAUGCGCGCCGACAUGUCAAUAAGAUGUGUCUGGCAGCGAACGUGCCGCUUAUCGAGAGUGGCACCACUGGCUUCAAUGGCAAUGUCCAAGUCAUUAAGAAGAGCCUUACAGAGUGCUACGAUUGCGUGCCGAAGCCAACGCCGAAAGUCUUUGCCACGUGCACGAUUCGAAGUACGCCGUCCCAGCUCAUUCACUGCAUAGUAUGGGGGAAAUCAUACCUGUUCGCCGAGCUGUUUGGCAUCUCCGAAGACGAUUCGCCAGAACUAGAUCAGAGCUUAGAUAAAGAAGGGAAUGACGCGGUUGAAAUCGCGAAGCUGCGCGAGGAGGCGACAAAGCUGAAGCGUGUGCGAGAGCAGAUGGGCUCGCAGGAUUUCCCACGUGCUGUCUUCGAGAUGGUUUUCAAAGACGACAUCGAACGGCUGCUCAGCAUGGAAGACAUGUGGAAGGGCAAGAGAGCACCAGUUGCGCUGAAUUUCGACAAGCUGUCAGAAGAGGCCAACGUUCCCGCGCAGACCCUGCUGUCGGAUGACCAGAAGACAUGGGGUGUUGCAGAGAACUUCGCAGUCUUUGUAGACAGUCUCAACAGGCUGAGCCAGCGUUUGGAAACAGAGCGCGCGCAGACCGAGGUCGGAAACUCAGUUCCCGUACUGAGCUUCGACAAAGAUGACACAGACACUCUAGAUUUCGUGGUCGCGAGUGCCAACCUUCGAGCAGCCAUCUUUGGCAUCGAAAUGCGUUCGAAGUUCGAGAUCAAGCAAAUGGCUGGCAACAUCAUUCCUGCCAUUGCCACCACCAACGCUAUGACUGCAGGUCUCUGCGUCCUCCAAGCAUUCAAAGUUUUGCGAUAUACCGAUCCCGAACAGCUGAAGCGACAGGCCAAAUCGGUCUUUCUCAGGCGAGGUACUGAUCGAAUGCUUGCUCCAGAGACACUCAGUGCACCCAACCCAGAAUGCCCGACCUGUAGUGUCACCCAUGUCACCCUGAUCGUCGACAUAGGACGUGCCAAGCUCAAUGACCUUGUCGAAGAUGUGCUCAAGACACAGUUGGGCUAUGGCGAAGAAUUCAGCGUGACCAAGGAUGGCGAUCUCCUCUAUGAUGCUGACGAGGAUGCACACCUGGAGAAGACGUUCAGCGAGCUCGGACUUGUGACGGACAGUUCAGUCACCAUUAUAGACGAUGCAGACGAGGACAAAAAGGUCAACGUACAGCUUACGAUUGUCGCAAAGGAGCUUCCAUCUUCAGAUAAGCCUAUCAACCUGCUCCAAGAUCUGAAGAUCGCAACCCGACCUAGGACGACCGUGCCUAUCGCAGCCCCUGCAACCAACGGCCAAAGUCACGCAAAUGCGGAUGGUACCGCAAAUGGCACCGCGAAUGGCACCACGAAUGGAACAGGUACCGGUCUCAAGAGAACGGCAGACGAGGCUAGUCUUGAAGAUGAUCUUGUCAGGAAAAAGGGCAAGGUUAUGGAAGGCAAGCGGGUCAUGGACACUGAUGACAUAUUGGUGAUCUCAGACGAGAAGGAAGACGGUGUGAUUGAGCUUGACUGA